AUGGCGCAGUAUUCUACUCCCAAUGUUUCUAUCCCGGAUUUGUGCGAAUACUGUUCGAUGAUCCCGUUUGAUCUGCUACACGCAGAUAGCCCCAUCUCUUUUGGCAACAACUCAACUUGGGAUAUCGGCACUGCCUCACGAAUUCGAACCAGCACAUGUCCGGUCUGUCGACUGGUUAGCGAGCUUCUAUAUCGACACGCCAAAAGGCCAGUCUACUUCAACUUCAACCCCGACUCUACACUUCUUUCCAUCAAGUGGGAUUAUGGUCUGGACCUUGCUUUUCCUAGUCGAAGAUGUUUCUUAGUUGACAGGGCCGACUCGUCCAGGCCAGGGCAUGCUCCAAUUGGGCUCUGCUUUCUUGCGGCAAACCAUAGGGAUCAUGGUCGAAGCAAUUACUUGCAUUAUGAGCUUUCGAAAACGGUUGACAUUGAACGCACUGCCAGGUGGAUCGAUGAAUGCUCACGCAAACAUCAAUGUGUUGUCGCUCCAGCCGGGGAGUCAUUUGAGCAAGCCUAUCCAGGUCUUCAGUUUCUUCGCUGCAUUGAUGUCAAGCUCAAUUGCGUGGUAGAACUGAAUCACAUAGUACCAUAUGUGGCGUUGAGCUAUGUCUGGGGCUCCGUCCCCAACUUCAGGAUUACAAAGGCCAACAGGAAUGAACUCAAGUACCGUGACAGUAUCAACAAGGCUUGGAAUCUCAUCCCGGAAACAAUUCGUGAUGCUAUAACACUUACUCGGAAGCUCGGCCUGCGUUAUCUGUGGGUUGAUUCUCUAUGUCUAGUUCAAAACGACCCUAGCGAUCUUGAGCCAGGCAUCGAGCUCAUGGAUCAAGUGUAUGAACGGGCAUGGGUUACUGUCGUCGCCGCCUCGGGCUUCGACGCCAAUGCUGGGCUGCCUGGCAUUGAGACGGGCAGCCGAGAGCGUGGACAUAGGUCUUUCUUCUCUAAAAUACGUGAACCAUACUCUGAGCUUUGCUCACGCAGUCGCCGUUUUAGGCUUCAAGAGCGCAUUUUAUCGCGCCGAAACUUGUACUUCUUCCGAGACCAAGUUAUCUUUCGGUGUAACAGGGACGAAUAUCAUGAAAGGCUCAAUGACAACCUCGCGCGAUUUCACCGGGUGGUUCCCCGAGCCAUGGAUCAUCUAGGGGAGUCUGCCUUCACUGCUCUACGAGUGUACGGUAGUUUGAUCCGCCAAUACUCAGGCCGGUCUCUCGGCAAAGACGCAGAUGUGCUCCGAGCCAUGGGAGGCAUCAUGAGGCGAGUGUCAAUAAAGGUUGGAUAUCCCCUAGUUCAGGGCUUGCCAGUCGCGCAUCUCGAUAUUUUUCUCCUGUUCAAGGGGAACAAUGUUACUCGACGGUCUGGGUUUCCAAGCUAUUCGUGGGCUGGCUGGCGAGGGGAGGUGCGGAUGAUAUUUUUGGAGGAGUUUGAAAGCCAGCUGAUUGACGAAUGGUUGGAGAGCCACAGGACUUGGAUAGUCUGGUACACCACCGAUAGCAGCGGGAGAACAACGUCAGUAAUCGACCAAAUUAACCGAACUCACCACCGAACAUUACAAGGCACCACAGAUUGGAGAGCAAGCUGGCUCUACCCUAAUGAACCGCGUGUUUCAUUCCAAGGGUUUCAAUCUGGGUUGUCAUUGGAGACGCUGCCGAGGCCAAUCCAUAACCCAAAGCCGUACCCAAUUUUGAGGUUCUGGACAUGGGUGUUGACACUCACAAUCCAAACGACAGAUGUCUUUACCAGUGACGCUCGACUCCUCGGGGCUCAUGGUGAAGAUUGUGGAUGGAUGAGUCUUGAUGAUUUGGGGGGUUCAGAGAGUGACAUCAUAUUUCACGACUCUGCACCAAUUGAAGUGGUUAUUCUCUCUGAGGGGUGCCCACAGAAGACAUUUCGGAACGAUGAAAAAUACGUACUUGACACUUGGACACCCACAGAGGUAGAAAUUUGUGACGGCCUCCACUAUAAUGUUAUCCUGGUGAAAUGGGAUGGUGGAAUUGCCGAGAGAAGAGGGUAUGGCUGGAUCAGAAAAAAAAGCAUUGCAUCUAGGCUUUGGUCAGGGGCCUCAUUGGAAAGAGAUUAA